AUGCUCUCUUUGCUUUUCCUGAUGAUGGUCUUGCCUUUAAGUGUAGGAGGGUCUGAUCCUACCUUACCCUUCAUGGAGUACCUGGACCAGAACCAUUUGGUCUGCGUGAAGUGGGGCUUUGACAACCCACAGGGGAACAUUACAUUCAAACUGUUGAUCAACACAACAGGCUGGGUGGGUUUCGGAUUUAGCCCCAAUGGAGGCAUGGCAGGGGCAGACAUUGUGAUGGGGGGUCUUGGAUCCAGUGGAAUCUACUUCAAAGUGGGUUUGAUUGAAGAUUUCGCUGUAAUUGCACGUGUUUUGAUACUAUAGAUAAUCAUAAUAUGACUCAGCUAAUAUCAACCUCUAUGCUGAUCUUUUUUUUCCUGUCCAUUAGGAUUAUUAUGCCACAGGGGACUCAAUGCCGUUGGAGGAUGAGCAGCAGAGCUACACACUCCUCUCUGCAAAUGAAACUGACGGUCAGACCAUCAUGACCUUUCAGAGGACCAUCCAGUCGUGUGAUGACAAAGACUUCAGUAUCACUGUAAGAAAUUCACAGAUUAUAUAAAUCCUUAAGGGACGGUAUGAGAUACAAAGGAUGGUGAAACUCUGAAUAUUACUUUUAAAUAGAAAAAAAGUGGUUGUAAAAUAUCACCUGCAAAGUAGCAUAACAUAAACAAAUAAAAAACUAAGGUAUUACAUAAGAAGAAAAGUAAAUAGUACAAAUAUAAAUGUAUCUAUAUUUAUGAUGUUAAUCUAUGAUGGUAUCUUACUGUAUCUUAUUGAAUGGUAGCAUAUCAAACCAUGUUGAAAUUAACUUUAUUGCUUCAAAUUGUACUGUAAUGUGUCAUGUAGUAUGAUAUCAAAACAAAUCUUACCAUAUCUUUACAUAUUCUGUUCUAUAGUAUCAUUAAAUUUAAUAUCCAAAACAUCCAAUUAAUCCAAUCAUAUCAUACCUUACCUUAUCCUAUCAUAUCAUGUUACACCAUUUUGCAUAGUAUAGUAUGUUUUUGGGGUUUUUUUUAAGUAGAAAGAACAUUUUCAGCUCUCCUAUAUUUCAAGAACAAGUAAAAGGUUGAAAUAGCAAAUGUUGUUAGAAGUCUUUUUUUUUUUUUAAAGAAAAGUCAAAAGUCACUCAGCAACACAACAGCCCUGAGUGUAAGAAACAUGAAAAUAAGAGGAAAAAUUAGUAUUAAAAUGUCAACCUUUGGGGUUAAUUUGACAAGUAGAUUUAUCCAUUUUUAAACACCGAAGGAUUAAAAUAUGAAUUAUUCUCACUGUUUUGAGUGCGAAAAAAGAACAAACGUAAGCAUUUUUUAAAGACAACACUUGUCAACAAUUAUUUAUGAAAAUAUACUUCCAAAAUAAAGGAAAAAAAAACAGCGAAGUAUAAAGCUAUUGAUCCAUUACUUAAAUCUAGCGUAUGGUGUCUUAUCCUAUUCAUUUGGAUAGUUAUUGCUGAAUCAUCCAGAAUAAAUAAUUAAAUUUUGAAAUUUCUUUAUUAGAAAAAGUUAUUUUAUGUCUUUAAAUUGAUGAAAAAUCAUACUUUAGACAGAAUGAUGUAAAAAGUGUUAAACCUGUUUUUAAGAAUGAUGGAAAAUUUCUCCAUUCAGGAGGCUGUUGUUGCUAUAGUAACUACAACAUAUCUGUCAUUAACACACUACCCCUUAAUUAGACACUGUUUGUUGUCGAACACCAUAGCGCUCCAAGUAGAACCACACACUUGACACUUUUCUCCUCUGUUGCAGCUCAUUAUUGGUAAUUCUAUAUUCUUUUGUACUGUUGAUCUAAUUCUCACUGUAAAGCUCAAGUUCUCUGUUUGUUUGCAUGUAAACUCUGCCAAAAGACUCCUUUUGUUGUCAGGUCCCCCUGAGAGUCUUUUCAGAUGUGAACACAAUAGCGACAACAAAAAGAGGCACGCAAGAUUUAGUGUGGCACUGAACAGCCUAAAUACUCUAUGGUUUUUAAAAUAUUCUGUGUCCUGUAAAUCGACAGUUAUGGUUGUGUGGCUGUCUCUGUGAAGCAAAUAAAACAAAGGUUUUGUAGGAACAACAUUUUGUGAUAACUGCAUUUUAUUAAUUUACCAAAAUCUUUUUUUUUUCAGACUCAGGCUAUCAAAUUGAUCUAUGCAUACGGCACAACAGAUCAGAUUAAUUACCAUGCAUCCCGCAGAGGAACCAAAGAAGUCAACCUGCUGAACUACAUGCCCAGGGCAACCAUAACAGGCCUCAACUAUCUCAGUGCAAGGGUGAACAAUGUAGGUGCAAUUUUUUGGCAGGGGAUUAUGGGCAAAAUGGUUGAUUUCUCAGUUAUCGUGAAUCUGUACCAGAAUAAGUUUUGCAGUGUAGAAUUUUGUUUGAGAGAUAUUGAAAUAUCUUAAAACAUUCUGACAUACGAGGUAACCUGAGGUAAUUCACUGUUUUGUUUUGUUUUGUAUUGUUUUUUUUUUUUUUUUUUUUACCUUUUUUUACUUUUUUUUUUUCUUUUAGAUAUCUGUUCCAGAAAAGCAUACUUACUACCACUGCAAGGUCAUGAAGUUAUCAACAUUAAAAACAAAACAUCAUAUAACUAUGGUAAGUAUUUCUUUUUAUAUUUUGAUAUGUCCCAAUAAAAUGUAUUUCAUUGUUACUGAAACUUGUGCUUGAGUAUUAAUCUAGGAUAUCAGCAAGAUUAAAGACUAUUGGUGCUCAAACACAGAUUGCUAGCUACGGCAAAGAUUUAUGUUGCUACCAGCAGCACUGUUGUGGGUUUGUGAUAGUAAUUCAUCUGAGACCUGUUUGAUUUUGGAGUCAAUAGAUAAUGGUAGCAGAUCAGUGCAUCAAUGUACUCAAAGUCAGUAUUUAGGCCCUGUAUCGACUAUGGUAUCCUUAAAAAAACCACACUGCUUUGACUCAAAAGCGGUAUUUUUAAAGCAACCAUUUACAUCCAAGCAAUACUAUUUUCCACUUUCAAGGAAACUAGUGAUUUAGAUGACAAAAAAAGUUGUUAUAUCAAGAGUAAUUGAUACCUUGUGUAUGACAUUUACAGAAACUCAUCAUAUAAAACAAAACUUAGAGAUACUUCAUGAAUUUUCUUUAUUCCUAAACUCUCUGCAUCUCCUUUGACUUUCUCUCAGGUUGAACCUCACAUUGAACAUCCCGACAUUGUUCACCACAUGCUGCUUUACGGCUGCCCCUCCUUUGUGACACAAGAGUAUGACACGCAGUGCUACAAGGGUGACAUCUCGGAUGCCUGCUUUGAAGUAGUGGCUUCAUGGGCAGUGGGAGGAGGGGUGAGAGUGUAUCCUGCAUCCAUUUCUGAGUUCUUUGGGGUUUUUUGUCUGCUCUGUGUGCGCUAGUGUUUAUUUUAGUUGGUUAAUUUAAUGUUUCUUCCUUGCAACCCCUCAGGUAUAUGUGCUUCCAGAGACUGUGGGUAUACCUGUUGGUGGUGAGACGAAUGAAAGACUAUAUAGACUGGAAAUCCACUAUAACAAUCCAAAUGGUGACAAAGGUAAAUAUUGCAUAUUCUUUUUAUAUUCCGGUUUAUUAUCAUAUUGUAUAAUAUCACACUCUAUUGUAACAUAUUAUACUGUAACAUUGUUUUAAUCAUAUCACACUGUUUCAUAUUGUACUGUAAGGUGUUGUUUUGCAUUGUAUAUUUAGCAAAGUACUGAAUCCCACUGUACUGUAUAGUAUUGUAUUGAAUCUUUUGUAGCGUAUUAUAUGGUAUUGUUUGGUAUUGCAAUAUAUGGUAUUGUAAGGUCUUGUAUGUACGGGUGGGCAAUAAAACAACAACGAUAAACAGUAAAUCAAAAAUUGAUUUCCCUCAAUAUCAAUAUAAAACAUGGUCAAUAUGCUUUUUGAUAGUCGGCAUUCUGACAUGUUUUGGUAGACCAUACGACUAGCCAAUGAAAAGGGGAGUUGCUCUGGGUCCACUUUGCACUGAGCCAAUCAUGUGUGCUGAAUUAGAGCCAAGUAGCAAAUAACUGUGUAGUAGCAGGCUGCAGCUACACCCAACCAUAGCACUUAAACAUGUGAAGCCGACAGCACUUUUGGUGAGAAAAACAGAAAAUGAGUGCUGGGUGUGAUGGGUGUGGAGGUAUUUCGGGUUUUUGAAGUUGGACAUGAAGCAGAGUAAUAUGCACUGCAAAUUAUUCUUGCAAAGUCAGGGUGUACCUCAAAUCUUUUCCACCACCUGAAGCAGUGCCAUGCAGCAGAGCACGCGCAAUGCAAAAGUUUACAAACCCAGAGCGGCGCAAGGAGCCCAUGGCGCCUGUGCAGCCGAAUCGGCCGACCAUUCAGUGUGCUUUCUGUAGCGCAACGCCUUACAACAAAACGUCAUAGAAAUACAAAGACUUCACAGAUGCAGUACCUUAUUGUAUUGCAAAAGACAUGCUGCCAUUAAGCACUGUUAAAUUUAAAUUUUUAAAUCGUGAAAUAUAUUGAUAACGUCUGACAUGAAAAAAAAUAAAUUGUGAUAAACUUUUUCCCAUAUCGCCCAGCCCUACUUGUAUGGUAUGGUAUGUUAUGGUAUCUCAUCAUAUCGUAUAUAAUCUUGUAUCAUAUAGUGUUGUACCAUUUCAUAUUGUAUCAUAUUGAAUCUUGCCAUUUCAUAUUACAUUGAGUUGUACCAUAUUAUAUCAUAUCAUAUUAUCAUAUGAUAUUUUGUAGUACGCUACCUAUGUUUUGAAAUUUUAAUAUCAUAAACCACACGUCACAUUGUGGACACAUAGGACCUUUUUUUUACAGGGUUUGAAAAAAGAGCCACAGAAGAAGGACAUAAAUAUUAUCAGUUCACUUUAUUUUGUUUUCUGUUUCCAAGGGAAGUAAUCGAUGGGAAGUCUUAUUGUUUAUAUGACGCUUAGACAGUUGGUUGUCAUGACUAUGUGGACAAUGCUUAUUAUUUGUUUAAAGUGAGAACAACAAUCCAGUUAAGUAUAGGAUGCUGACUCCAUAGCAGAGCAUAGUUCACAUCUGAAGCCUCCAUUACAAUUUUGGUGGAGAACAAUAACAUUGUUUAGCAUAGCUCUAAAUCAGACAAACAAUUCUUCCACUGAAUGUGUAAUCUUUUCAUCUUCUGCAGGACGAACAGACAGCUCAGGGUUGAAACUGUACUACACAGGUAAACUCCGACAGGAGGACGUUGGCACUCUGACCGCAGGUAUUCUACAUUUCGAUCAAAUGGAGUACAAAAUCCCUCCAAAAGUUGAUCAAUUCCAUACCUACGGCGUUUGUAACACCAGUAUCUUCUCACAGGUAAGGUUUGGAUCAGCACUGACUUCAAUGUGUUAUAAUGGCUUUAAAAGCAACAGGUAAUCUCAAUAUUAUUCAAAACUGUGUUUUGAUCAUCUUUAAUUCCACCCAUAGACUCUGGGUCAUUCUCCUGACCUUCAUGUGUUUGGUGUGCUGCUGCACACUCACUUAGCUGGGAGAAAAAUUCGAGUCGGACACUUCAGGUAAGAAGGAAACAUUUAGGAUUGACUUUCAUCAAAGUCUAAACUGUUUUAGAAUAGAUCGAUAUCAUUAACUAUUUCAGGGGGAAAACAUUCUGAAAUUUUUGGUCUGUGUAGAAAUGGAAAGCUGAUAGGCUUCUUGGGCUUGGUGGAAAACUACAACUUUGAGUUUCAGGAAGUUAUCCCUUUGGGAAGCGUAGCAACCAUUAAGCAGGUGAGUUUCUAUUACUUUCAUACUCCUAUGUUACAUUUAUUUGUCACAAGUAAGCUGUAAGUUGUCUUGGCUGUUGUGGUUAACUUGCUAUACAAUGCUGCAUUAUUUGUGCCCAAUUCCAGGGUGAUGAACUUGUCGUGGAGUGCACAUAUAGUACCACCACUCGCACCACAGCAACUAAGGUGGAUAAUGAAUAAUGAUAUGAACACUUAAAAGUAAAAACAAUUCUACUUCUUGAAGGAGAAACCCUAAUAUCCACCACAACUCUUUCAGAUGGGGUUAGGAACCACUGAUGAGAUGUGCUUGGCCUUCCUCCUCUACUACCCUGCAAUCAAAAUAUCUUCAUGCAUCAGCCACCCAAAUUCAUAUCAUCCAUUACUACAAACCAUGAGCAGCCAGUAAGACCUAAUGCAUUUUUUCUGAUGGGAUCACUUCAAAGACAGAAUCAAGCAUGAGAGCAGUUUCCAGGUUAUACACAACAUGGUCUCUGUUUCCUGACAGAAUUUUCGAGGGGACUGCAACUCCAAGCCGAGAUGACAUUGCUGAGUACGAGCGUUUGUUAAAGAAGGUACCACAAAUUCAGGUGGUUUCAAGUUCUGAGGUAAGUUCCUAUUCCAAUUGUCUCAUUCUGCCAAUAAAAAUAUAUUUGGAUUUUCAGAAGUCUUUUUCCAGAACCCACAGAUUGUCUCUCACUAAAGAUAAGCCUUUGUGAGUCACGAACAACAAGCCUUCUUUCUCGUGAUUGUGUGAUGAUCUCUACCACUGUGUCAAAAGAAUUUUUUCUCUAUUAUUUCUUUUUCUUUUUCCAGAACAACCACACAUUUUAUGAGAAUGGUAUCAUCAGGGAAAUGGGAAACUCACCAACUGUCGCCUGUCAGACUAACCCUAACAACAACAACAACAACAACAGUGGCUCGAGCAGACUCGGCACUUCCUCUAUCUUUAUCCCAGCAGGAAUCAUACUGUUGUUCCUUUUGGUUGGAAUACUGUAGAUAGUCAUCUGUGCGAAAGAGCCAAACAAGUGCGGUUUUGAUAAAGAAGAACACUGUUGAUAUUUAGCUUCAAAAGAAAAAAAAGAUCAAUCAUUUUUACAACCUAUUCAAGGAAUAACAUAUUUCUUUGUCAAAUUAGGUGCCAUGUUCUCCUGCAUCUGCCCUGAUAUUCAUUUAUUAUUGAGUUUGAGAUCAAAUGUAUAACUUCAUGUCUAUUGCUACCUUAUCUAUUGAAAGAAAGGUUAAUGACAUUUAGUGAUGAUGAUUAUGAUAUUUACACAACUUGAGAUAUAUGUAGGAGAGAG